AUGAACACAAACAACAACAUCGCCCUCGUCGACAAACGGCACAUUCAAGACCACUCCCAAGCCAACACCUACUACUGGGGCUACGCAUCCCGCACACUCCCCUGCACCAAAGAUGUCGGAACCUGCGAAUAUCUCGACGCCGUCUACGGCAUGCACGUCACCUCCAUGCUCUACACUUUCAUCCUCUGGGGUGUCAUUCUGGGAGUCCUCCUCAUCUGGUUCCUCUGUCGAAUCUGGCGAACAGAACCCCCUUCCCAUGGACCCAGCAGCCUCCUCUCCCAACUCCUACAAAAAGCCUCCCCAUGGAGACGCCAUUUCCUCCCAGACGCCCCCUUCCGCUCCCUCUUCGGCCGAGUCUCCCGCCUCCAACUCGCAAUCCUCUCCGCCAUCACAAUCUACCUCUUGAUUUUCUCCCUCGUCGGCAUAACCUACCGCACCUGGCUCACCCCAAUAUCCGGCUCGCCCCUCCUCCACAACACCCGCACAGGCCUCGGAGGCUGGUCCGACCGCAUAGGAGCCCUAGCAUACGCCUUGACCCCCUUCUCCCUCCUCCUCUGCCAGCGAGAAAGUCUCCUCUCCCUCCUCACAGGAAUCCCCUAYCAACAUUUCAACUUCAUCCACCGCUGGCUAGGCCGCAUCAUCUUCGUCCAAAGUUUCCUCCACACUCUCGCCUGGACGCUCGUCGAGGGGAAAUUCUAUCAACCGCAACCGGACAUUUACAAGAAUUUCAUGGCGCAGCAAUAUGUGGUUUUCGGAGUCGUGGCCAUGUUCCUCAUCACGUUCCUCACGGUUUUCAGCACGCAGUGGGCAAUUCGCAAGACUGGAUAUGAAUUCUUCAAAGCCGCGCAUUGGGUUUCCGCGGUGCUAUAUAUCGGAGCGUGUUGGGGCCACUGGGAUAAACUAUGGUGUUGGAUGGUCCCUUCUCUCGCUCUCAUCGUCUUCGAUCAAAUGGUGCGAUAUGGAAGAACAGCAUACCUUCACCUCCAUGGAAAGCGACAUUCCRGCGGCUUCCACUCCGCUCAAGCAGAGAUGAAAAUCCUAUCCGAUGAAGAUGGUGGCAAGGUCGUGAGAUUGGACUUUGAUUUCGAACACAAGAGAGCUUGGGAAGCCGGACAGCAUUUCUAUCUUACAUUUCCGGGAUUGAGUCUUUGGCAGAAUCAUCCUUUUACAGUGGCGAGUGCGCCGGAGGUGAAUCAGAGGAUGCAKCAUCAUACGUAUUUGUUGAGAGUGAGGGAUGGACAGACGAAGAAAUUGGCGGAAUUGGGGAAUGGGAGUACUGUGAACACAAUCCUUACCGGACCCUAUGGACAUGGAUUCCCGACGUAUGAAUGUCAGCAUGUUCUCGCCAUCGCGGGCGGGACGGGCGUCACGUUUACUCUACCGAUUAUCUUCGAGGCGAUACAGCAGUUUGUGAACAAGAGGGCUGUGAUGGAUUUCGUGUGGGUUGUGAGGAAAUGCGAGGAUCUUCUUUGGUUGGGCGAGGAGCUUGCACAGUUGAAACGAUUGCUGGAUCAGGCAUCUGGAUUGCGGAUAAGUAUCUACGUCAGUCGGGAGAGCAUGUCGGAAAAAGAAAAGGGAAAGUCAAGAGAUGAAGAAGUGGAGAGUAGUAUUUCAUCACCAACUUCCACCACCGAUCUGCURGAGGACCUCCUCACCAUCCGACAUCCUCGCUUCAGCAUAAACUUUCUGAGAGACCACCAUCCCUCCGUCGCGGAGCUUCUGGCAAACUUUCAGGAGAGGGUGGGAAAUGUUGGUGGUUUGGCAGAGAUUGUGGGAAGUGGACCGGAAGCCAUGGGUAGUGAUCUCCGAGCUGCGGUUGCAGCAGCAAAGGACGGUCACGAGUGGAACUUUUACUGGGACUCAAGAGAGUAG